UUUAUUCACAGACGAUCUACUGAAGUAUGAGUUUAGCAUUGUAAUCACAUUUGUAUUGAUGUAUACACUUGUAUAGAAUCUCAGUAUUUUCGAUCAAAGUUAUUCGCACCUCGCAGAACUGCAUGCAGUAUAGGACGCAAUCUACUAUACUACAGUACGUCACUGCAUUGCAUAUACAAAGUUUGUGCUUGCAGAAACUGACUGCUGGCUUCUAUAGUACACGUCAGCUGAUCACAAAUUAAAGUUUUAAUGGACAUUGGAUAUAUGCGUAGAAUGAGCUCGUGUUUGUAAUAAGCCAGAAAUCCGAUAUUUGUACCAAUGGCUGAGAAGACUGAGAAAGAGAAAGCUCCAAGCUCUUUAGAGAACCUGACGUGUCCAUUAUGUCUUGAUAUCUUCGACGAAGCAACGAUCCUGACUUCAUGCAGACACACCUUCUGUCGGAAAUGUCUCAAGAACUAUGACCUUUCCCACCAGGAUCUCGAUCACAUGAUCUGUCCUCUUUGCAGAAAGAUCACCAAGUUGUCUGUAAACCGUGUCGAUGAUUUCCUCACCCAUGUGACUGUCAACGGACUUGUAGACAAUUACCACGCCAAGUGUGGGGGGAUGAAUGCUGUCCUUGAGAUGCGUCCAAAAUGCACUGCUUCCAAGUUUCAUCAAGAAUCAGAUGCUGUAUCAUUCUGUAAAACGUGUAAUAAUUACAUGUGCACUGAUUGCGACUGCAGCCAUGCGCUGCUGACAUCAGUCUUUGAAGGUCAUGAGAUUGUAUCCAUACAGGAUAUCAUCGACGGGAAGGUCAGCAUAGGUCAUCUAUCUGAGAAGUGCUGCAUCCACAAACAAGAGAACAAAGAUAUGUUUUGUGAGGAUUGUAAGGUUCAUGUCUGUCACAAGUGCGUGAUCGUCGGUCAUCAAAAUCACAACAUCAAGAAUCAGGAUGACUUCGAGCAGCAGUUACGUCUUAAGGUGAACGACCUUGUCCAGCGAUGUGCCGCUAAGAAGACAGAACUGGAGAAGAACAUUCAGAAUGUUGAAGUACAACGCCAGGAAGUAUACACUGCCGUGCAGAAACUACUGGACGAUGUCAGUCAAGCCUAUAUCAUCAAGGCCAAAGUGCUUGAAGAAAACCAUCAAAGUCUCAUCGAGCAGAUCAAUGCAGUAAAGUGGAGUUUCGAUGACGACCUCAGCGUCUUGAAAUCCAAGGAUCGACAGAGGAUUAAGAGUAUUUGUAGUUCAAUAGCACUGGUAUCUAAUGACAGACUGGGUCGUCUUGAGACAGACAGUCUGUCUGCUCAUACCUUGCUCUGUGAGGAGCUGGAUGACAUGCUGAAGGAGGCUACUGAUCACACUUCUGCUGCAGCCAUUACGAAGAAAGGACAUAAGAAGAGGUUCAAGCCUGCAGAUGAUACUCAUCUGGACCUCGGUAGCAUCUCAGAAUCAGAUCCCAAGUUGCAAGUCAUUCAGUGUGUAGAUCUACGGGGAAAGAUGAAUGGUAUGACCAAGUACUCUGAUGACAGUGUGGCUAUCGCAUAUAGAGGUACACAGGGUAUAGAUAUAAUUGAUUCAGCUGGUAAACAGGAGCAGUAUACAAACAUACCAAGUAACAUUGGGUGUUAUGAUCUUGUGUUUCAACAAGACAGGUCAUUAUGCAUAUCGACGGGUAGCAAAGAAACACACAUAUAUUCUCCCAAUGGAUCCAGGAAAUCAACCAUCCACGUGGAAGACAAUAUCUAUUUUCUCAAACUAAACAGAAGUCCAUCAAAUGAAAUCCUCAUCGCUAACGCUGGGAAGCAAAUAUAUGUCUAUGACCCGACUGGAUCCGCUCUCAAACGCACUGUUUCAACAAAACACAACAUUACGAGGCAGGUAUCUGCCACCAGGUCAGGUUUGAUCGUCACGAGUUCAUGUUAUUUCACCAAUCCAAGCGUGGUGACGGUCUAUGACAGGGAUGGUAAUGCUGGUAAUUCUCUACAAGCUCCAAGCGGUGUCCAGCUGUAUGCUGCCGUGGAUGAGCAGGAUAGGGUGUAUGUAGCGAGUGUUGAUUGUAAGAAUGGUGACGUAGUGAUCAGGCUCUAUGACCUUGAUGGUCUGAACCUGAAGGAGAGAGUGGAGUUCAUUGUUCUUAAUCUGACGCUUAAAAAUAGUUGGUGCUACUUGGUUUCCCUCUCUCCAGACAUGCUCGCGUUUGCUUGUUACAAGAAGUUGUAUUUUAUCAAAGUAACACUGUAAUCCAUCUCACUCUCUUUAUUAUCAUUAUUGGUGUUGUGUAUACCUCUCUGCUCCAGCUCUACUCUAAUAUGGGCCUAUAAUUAACGUGUCAUAUCAUAUUGUUUAAUUAUGUUUUAUAGUGCCUGAAUACCGUUGUCAUUAUCCAAGCAAUUCCCUCUUUUAAAAUAGUAUGUAAAUACUUUACGUAAAAUAUGCAUCUACUUCUUCCAUUGUGUAAUCGCAUCUCCUAGAUAUUUACUGAAAGCCAGUGAUAUGAUAUUACAUGUAUAAUGUACAACUUGGAAAUUGGUAAGAUAUUGAUUGACUUAUUAUUAGUUUUAUUUCUUAUGUUGUUAUUCCCAAAGUAUUUCGUUUAAAGAGAAGGUUGAGUUCCGGGAAGAGGUGAAAAAUAGUUUGUCAGCGUUAUCAUUGUUAUUAUGCAAGUGUGGAAAAACAUCAGAUGAAACAUGUUCCCUGAAAAGCAUGGCUCUUAAAAUGUCCAUAUAUUCGAAAUAUGGCGUGUAACAUCAUAACAAUCGGGACGGAUUUUUAUGCCACGUGUUCGUGUAGUCCCAUAUACAUA